CUGAGACUGGGUGAGACGCGGGCCACAGUGCUGCUGUGACCAGUGUGAGGGCCUGUGUGUCCUCGACCAUACGCAUUUAGCCGAGUGUUAACAUAUGAAAUAUCUUGGUUAAAACUUCACUACUUGUAGAGUCUUCCUCUGUGUGUAGUGUAAGCUGAUGACUGAGUAGCAUGAAUAAGUGGUGAGAGUGAUGACUACUGUGUAAGUGAUGAUGUCCUGACAUCAUACAUGAGGGGGCACCAUCAGGUGUGAACUGAACAAGGUCAUGCCCCUGGUGUGACCCAGAGAGAUAGAGACUUGAUCAACUUGUGGCGAGGGCAGUCAUCAUGGGACCUGAAGGAUCUGCCUCCUUCCUGCAUAUGGGGGACAUUGUGUCCCUUUAUGCGGAAGGUAGUGUGUCGGGUUUCAUUAGCACUCUUGGGUUGGUGGAUGCCCGUUGUGUGGUGAGCCCAGAUGCAGGUGACCUCACUAACCCUCCCAAGAAAUUUAGGGACUGCUUGUUCAGCAUCUGCCCCAGUAACCGGUAUUCAGCCCAGAAACAGUUUUGGAAGGCAGCGAAGCAGAGCGGCAACUCCACCACCGACCCAAGCUUGCUCAGCCGCCUCCACCACGCGGCGGAGACAGAGAAGAAGCAGAAUGAAGCCGAGAGCAAAAAACUUAUGGGCACUGCUAUUAACUAUGGCAUUACCAUCCAGUUACUACAUCUCAAGUCCAACAAGUACCUGACAGUAAACAAACGACUCCCGGCACUACUGGAGAAGAAUGCCAUGCGGGUAUACCUGGAUGCUAAUGGCAAUGAGGGUUCAUGGUUUUACAUCAAUCCCUAUUACAAGCUGCGUAACCCUGGCGACACUGUGGUGGUGGGCGACAAAGUCAUCUUGAGCCCCGUGAAUGCUGGGCAGCAGCUUCACGUGUCGAGCAUGCACGACCUGCGCGAUCACCCUGGAUGUAAAGAGGUCAAUGUCUUAAGUUCAAAUACAUGCUGGAAGAUAUCACUGUUUCUGGAACACAAGGAAAACCUGGAAGGAAUAUUGAAGGGAGGAGAUGUGAUACGUCUGUUUCAUGCUGAGCAAGAGAAGUUUCUUACCAUGGAUGAAUACAAGAAACAACAAAAUGUUUUUCUCAGGACAACUGGAAGAACCACUGCCACGGCUGCAACCUCCAGCAAAGCACUGUGGGAGGUGGAGAAGGUGGUCCAACACGACCCAUCUCGGGGUGGAGCUGGCCACUGGAAUUCGCUGUUUCGCUUCAAGCAUCUUGCCACCGGUCACUACUUGGCUGCUGAAGUUGAUGACGACCCUACACAUGAUCCUACCAGAGCAAAGCUAAGAGAGCAAAUUUUGAAGCAACUAUCAGUUGACUCUGGGAGUUCGGACGGCCGGAGGAGAAAGACUGGGUUUUGGAGGGGAACUUCAGAUCCUAAUGGAGGUCCAGUCUACCAGCUAGUUUCAGUUCCAUUAAGCAAUGACAUCGCUUCUAUCUUUGAACUUGAGCCAACCACUUUUAUCCGGGGUGACUCCAUGGUCCCCCAGAAUUCAUACGUCAGACUGCGACAUCUGUGUACAUCUACCUGGGUCCAUUCUACCUCCAUACCUAUUGACAAAGAGGAGGAUAAACCUGUCAUGUCAAAGGUUGGCUGUGCCCCCAUCAAAGAAGACAAGGAGGCCUUCUCAUUAGUCCCAGUUCAUGCCAAAGAAGUGAGAGAUCUAGAUUUUGCCAAUGAUGCCAGUGAAGUCUUGGCCAAACAUGCUAAGAAGUUAGAAAAAGGAAGUAUCACACAGACUGAGAGAAGAUCACUAAUGCAGUUGCUCUUAGAUCUUGUAUAUUUUACUGGUGAGAAGGAGCAUGAACAAAACAAGAGUGAACCAUUAGCACUAGCUCUGGAGAUCUCCAAUCCCAACAGAGACCGACAGAAACUCCUAAGAGAACAGAGUAUCUUAAAGCAGAUAUUUAAGAUUCUUCAAGCACCUUUCACGGAGACUCAGGGAGGAGAUGGUCCUCUUCUCCGGAUUGAUGAGCUCAAUGACCCUCGACACUCUGCUUACAAAAGUAUUUUUCGUCUUUGUUAUAGACUUCUGAGACUUGCUCAACAAGGUUACAGGAAGAACCAGGAACACAUUGCUCAACACUUUGGAUUUAUGCAAAAGCAAAUUGGUAUUGAUAUUUUGGCUGAAGAAACUAUCACGGCUCUGCUUCACAAUAACCGGAAGCUACUGGAGAUCCACAUCACAGCCACUGAAAUUGAAACAUUUGUAGGACUUGUUCGGAAAAACAUGCACAAAUGGGACUGGAGAUUCCUGGAUUAUCUUAAGGUUUUAUGUAUAUCCAACAACCAAGCCAUCCCCCGCACACAAGAAUUGAUCUGCAAGAGUGUCUUCAGUGACAAAAACAAAGACAUCCUGAUUGAGACCAGAUUGGUUGAAGAGGACGUCGAAGUAGAAGUUGAUAUUGAAGGAUCUGGUCCAGUGUUGGCCAUUGAACGAGAAGAAGAAGUGGUUUUGACGUGGAAUAAUGGCGAGUGCUCAAAAUCAAUUGUUGAACUUGCAAGUCGUGCUGAGAACCUGAGUGACUCUGAUGGUGGUGAAGACCGCCUUAUCUUAGAUUACUACAGACACAUGCUUGAUCUCUUCUCAAACAUGUGCCUUGACCGACAAUAUCUGGCAAUAAGACCCCUUGCACCGCUACUCAAGAUCAAUCUGAUGCUGAAGUGCAUGGAAGAAGAUACUCUCGCGUAUGACUUACGUGCCGCCUUCUGCCGCUUAAUGCUGCACAUGCACGUUGACUGUGAACCCCAAGAAAUGGUUACACCUGUCAAGUAUGCAAGAUUGUGGUCGGAAAUCCAACCACAAAUGUCCAUUUCAGACUAUGAUAAACAUGCAGCAAUGCACAGUACAGAAGCUGCUGCAACCACAUUCAAGGAUGUGAUUGUUUUUGUAGAACAGUAUCUGUGUAAUGUGGUGGACAAGAUGUGGAGCUUCUCAGACUGUGAACAGAAUAAACUCACCUUUGAGGUUGUGAAGCUGGCACGCUAUCUCAUCUACUUUGGGUUUUACAGCUUCAAUGAUCUCCUGCGGCUGACCAAGACAUUGCUUUCCAUCCUUGACUACUCCUUUGAUACAGACUCAAAAUACUUUCCCAACAGCAUCCCUCAAGGAACACUGAGUGAGGAUACUUGUAAGGAUGAUGAACCUAAGCUUGACCAGCUAAGUACAGCUUCUGUCUCAGACAUAUCAUCUACUUCUAAUGUUAGCAGUAGUGAAGCUGUCAUUGCACCUCACAUUGUUGAAGUUGCUGCUCAUGAGGGUUCUAGUGGUGCUAGUGAUGAGACCUCUAGUACAGUAACUAUGGCUGCUAGCGUUACAACAAUUUGUUCAAAAGUUCAAGUCCUUAGUACAGAUGGUGUUAAUUCUAGUAGUAAGGAGGAAACUUCUCGCCCAAAGUCAAAGACCCCGAGCCCAAAAGCCUCUCCCAAAAAGUCACCCAGUAGAAAGGUGUCGGACACAAAAGAAGGGACCACACGGAUGGGGCCGAGGCUGGGCGGAGGAACGAGCCCCAAGAAGAAAGUGGGAGUGACGGAGAAGGAGGACACGCUCGUCAUGGACACAAAACUAAAGAUAAUCGAGAUAUUGGAGUUCAUCCUCAAUGUACGUCUGGACUACCGCAUCAGCUGUCUACUCUCCAUUUUCAAGAAGGAGUCUGAUGAAAAUCCAAGUUCCCUUACUGGUGAAGGAAUAUCACAAGGAUUAAAGAAUAAAAAUCUGGAAAACAUCUGGGCUCAGGCUCAAAGUAUUUUUGAUGAAACGGAGGAAAACUCUAACCUUGAUUUAGACGGCGAGGGUGGAAAGAAGUUUCUCCGUGUGCUGCUGCAUUUGACCAUGCACGAGUAUCCUCCUCUGGUGUCACGUUCUCUGCAGCUGCUCUUCAGACACUUCUCACAGAGGCAGGAAGUACUCCAAAACUUCAAACAGGUGCAGCUUUUGGUGCAAGAUGGGGAUGUGGAGUCGUACAAACAGAUAAAAGAAGAUUUGGAUGACCUACGCAAUCUAGUAGAGAAGUCAGAAUUAUGGGUCUACAAGUCGAGAAGUGUGGAUGAGGACGGUGGUGGCGGUGGAAGUAAAAAGAAGAAGAAGAAGGCAAAAGAUGAUGAUGACGAUGAUGGUGAGAGUAAACCUAAAAAACAUCACAAACCGAUGCUCUCGGCUCAAGACAAACAGGAGUCGGCCAUUGACUUGGGUCUUGGCCCUCCACUGGAACCUGAGCAACAAGAUAACUACAAGAGGAUCCAACAGAUUCUUUUACGAAUGAAUAAACUGUGUGUAACGCAGUCUAGUCACGGCAACCUGACACCGAAGAGAAAUGAACAGCGUCUUUUAAGAAAUAUGGGCAUCCACUCUGUUGUCUUAGAGUUGUUGCAGAUUCCUUAUGAUAAAAAAGAAGAUAAACGUAUGAAUGAACUGAUUGAGUUAGCACAUCAGUUCCUUCAGAACUUUUGCCUUGGAGAUCGGCCCAAUCAAGCUCUUCUAUACAAGAGUAUUGAUCUCUUCCUGAAUCCUGGGCUUUUGGAAGCCAAGACAGUUUGUGCUGUGUUCAAGGACAACUCUCACCUGUGUAAUGAAGUAUCAGAACGUGUCAUACAGCAUUUCAUCCACUGCAUUGAAACUCAUGGCCGACAUGUUCAGUAUCUCAAAUUCCUCCAGACUAUUGUCAAAGCUGAAGGACAGUUCCUUCGCCGAAGUCAAGAUAUGGUUAUGCAGGAGGUGAGUGCUGGUGAAGACGUUUUAGUGUUCUACAAUGAGAGAGCUUCAUUCAACAUGUUCAUUGAAAUGAUGAAAGCUGACCGCAACAGAAUGGACUAUGAUGAAUGCAGUCCGCUCAGGUACCACAUAGAGCUGGUGAAACUGUUGGCCUGCUGUACUGAGGGAAAGAAUGCUUCUACAGAGAUCAAAUGUCACAGUCUGUUACCUUUGGAUGACAUUGUGGCUAUGGUAGAGCACGCGGAUUGUAUCCCGGAGGUUAAAGAGGCUUACAUCAACUUCCUCAACCAUUGCUACAUCGAUACUGAGGUUGAAAUGAAGGAAAUCUACAACUCGCAUCAUAUUUGGAGCUUAUUUGAAAAGUCUUUCCUGGUAGACAUGGGUAGAGUAGCCACAGCUCCUCCUGACCGCAGACAUGCUGACAAAGCACUGGAGAACUACGUGAUCAACUCACUCAUGACCAUCAUCACAACCUUCUUCAACAGUCCAUUCUCAGAUCAAAGUCAAACUAUCCAGAAAUACCUGGACGAGGCUCGCGACUUCUGGGGACAGCCUUAUGUUCAACAGUACAAUUCAGAAACGCGGCAGCCAGUGUUCGUGCAGCUUCUCCAUGCUGUGUACAGGGUGAGCCAGGCCGUCAUGGGACAUCAGAGAGUCAACGUAGAGAACUGCAUAAAAACACUCACAGAAGUUGCUCGUAAACACAAUAUUUCCAUCCCAGUCGAUCUUGAGGCACAGGUAGUGAGCAUGUCACAACGUACCACUAGUAUCAUGACACGUACAGCCUCAAAGUGGAGCAACCGAACCACGAGACGCGAUGCCUCCUCCACCUCACUUUGCAAUGACUUAAUGUACGAAGAAGAUGAUGGAGAUCAGCUGUCUGGAAGAAUGGACCACCUCGUCAUCGAACAAGACUUCAACUCUGUUGUAUCAGUUUUAGAGGCAGAGCUUCGACCACUAGUUUCAGCUGAACUCUCUGUUUUGGUGGACAUACUCUAUCAGCCACACAAACUGUUCAGACCAGAUAGUGAAGCAAGCAUCAAGUGUAAAAAUGGUGGCUUUAUUUCCAGGUUAAUUCGGCACUGUGAAAAGUUACUUGAAGAAAAGGAUGAAAAGUUAUGCAUUCAGGUUCUGAAGACUUUGAAAGACAUGAUAACUGAUUCAGAAUAUGGAGAAAAGGGGGAGUCAAGUUUUGAAAAAGAAGAACUCGAAAUGGGAGAUGCUCUCCGAAACCUGCUCCUGGCACGGUACUUUGACCAUUACCCUUGGUCGAAGAAGGACGCUGCAGAAUUCAGGGCCAAACAAACACAGAAUGUUGGACCGGGAGAUGUAGUGCAGCGACGAUCAGGAAAAUCUCUGGCUGAGGUACAGUGUGAUCUAGCCAAGAAGGGAGCAGCAGUUUUAGUAGUGGACCUUGUGAUGAAAAGCCAGAAUCGUCAUCAGAUUUUUGUGGAGGCGGUGGAAUUGGGCAUUGCUCUGUUAGAGGCUGGUAACAGGGAAAUACAAGACAUGCUCUAUACUAAACUACGAGAGUGCGAUAAAUGUCAAAAUUUCUUUAAGGUGUUUGAUAACAAAAUGGAGGAAGCCCAGCAGGAGAUACGAAACACAGUCACAGUCAACACCUCAGACUUGAGUGCUAAGACUAGUGAUGAGAAAGAUGGACAAAAGGAAGGAGACAAGUUGAACAGGAAAAAAGGAGGACACAGACCCAAUGGAUUAGUAAUGACUGAUGAGAUUCGAGAAGAGUUAUCUGUUGCCGCAUCUGUUACUUCACAGGCGUACACAAAUAUUAAAGCUGGGAACACAGGGGACGACAACAGCUCCUGUCUCGGCCUUCACACCAUGGAAGAGGUGGGGGAGAACUUUGGCGGUCGGGGCAACAAGGAGUCCAUUGCGGAUAAUCCUAAACUUUCCCCUAAGAUUGCUGUGAUGCAACCUGUGCUGCGUUUCUUGCAGCUGCUGUGUGAAAACCAUAACUUGUUUCUCCAGAAUUUCUUACGGGUUCAAAAGAGUAAAACAACUUACAAUGUAAUUAGCAAAACUCUUAUGUUUCUGGACUGUAUAUGUGGGUCAACAACUGGUGGGUUGGGGCUCCUUGGCCUCUACAUCAAUGAACACAAUGUCUCUCUCAUCAAUCAGACAUUAGAGACACUCACUGAAUAUUGCCAGGGGCCUUGUCAUGAAAAUCAGAAUUGUAUAGCAACUCACGAGUCCAAUGGGUUACACAUCAUAACAGCACUCAUCUUGAGCGAUAUCAACCCACUGGCAAAAACUCGCAUGGACCUCGUCUUAGAGUUGAAGAACAAUGCUUCAAAAUUACUAUUAGCAAUAAUGGAAUCUCGAGCAGACUCAGAAAAUGCAGAACGUAUUCUUCAGAGCAUGCAUAUUGAUCAACUGAAAUCCACCCUCACUCUUGUCUAUGGUCUUUAUCUUGAUCAGCAGCAUCAUGCUAAGAUGAACAAAGAAAUAAAUGAAGAAGAAAAGCUGGAUGUGGUUUGUAACUUGUACCACCAGGAGAGCAUGGAUGAUGAUGAGUUCUUCGAGGAGGGCUCAUCUGAGAGUGACGAUGGAGUCUCACCAAAAGAAGUUGGCCACAACAUCUAUAUAUUGUGUCACCAGCUGGCUAAGCAUCACAAGGGCCUGGAGGAGUUGCUGUCCAAAAGUGGCAAUGAGAAGCUUAGUAAAGCUCUUACCCAUUACCGGGAGAACACUGCCCAGAUUGAGAUUGUUCGUCACGACCGCACAAUGGAGCAGAUCGUUUUCCCCAUCCCAGAAAUCUGCAAUUAUCUCACCAGAGAAACUCAACAGCGCGUCUACCAAACUGCUGAACGGGAUGAACAGGGAACUAAAGUCACAGAUUUUUUUGAAAGGUGUAAUGAUAUGUUCAUAGAAAUGCAGUGGCAAAAGAAAUUAAAAAGUCAGGCGGUGCUGUCAACAAUAAGCAACUAUAUGUCGCUGUGGGGCAGAUUACUCUUCUUGUUGGCGCUAGUUAAUAACCUCAUCGUUGCUUUAUUCUAUCCCUUAGAUAAUCCUUUACCAAAUGUUAAUGGUCAUGUGAAUGGCCUGCUGUGGGUGGUUCUUCUGAUAUCUCUUGCCAUUGUUAUAAGCUUCCAACGGCACAUCUUCAUGUAUCUCCUGGGGGUUAUAUCUAUAGUUCGCCUCAUAUUUUCAUUAGGGCCAGAACCUACACUCUGGUUUCUGGGGAGUGCAAAUGUGUUAAUAAAAGGCAUACAUCUGGUGAGCCUGAUGGGGAACAAAGGAACAUUUGCCAAGAGAUUAGAACAACAGGUGACAGAUUGUGAGCUACUCUACCAUGUCAUCUAUCUUAUCUUCUGUGUGUUUGGUCUCUCCGUUCACCCCUUCUGCUACUCAGUACUAUUGUUUGAUGUGGUAUACAGAGAGGAGACACUGUUGAAUGUGAUGAGGUCGGUAACACGCAACGGCUGGUCAAUUGUGUUGACAGCAGCUCUUGCCCUCAUACUGGUCUAUAUGUUUUCCAUCAUUGGGUACAUGUUCUUCAGGGAGGAUUUCAUUAUGGAUGUUACGAACAAGGACAUCAAUUGGGAAAAUGUUGAAGUGGUUUUUAAGGAGCUGCUACACAAUUUAACCCCAGGACAAACAGAACCUGAUACCUGUGAAAUAGGGGCAGAUUGCUCACAAAAGGACGUUACUACGAGUCAUCAGGAUUUUUUCGAGAAUGUAAAAGAAAUAGUAAGUAAAGAAGUUGAAGACACAACGGAGGAAGCCUGCUCAACUCUGCUCAUGUGUAUAGUGACCACUCUCAACCAUGGACUCCGGAGUGGGGGGGGCAUUGGAGACAUCCUACGGCACCUAUCAAAUAAGGAAAACUUGUUUGCUGCACGUGUCAUCUACGAUCUCCUCUUCUUCUUCGUUGUCAUCAUCAUUGUGCUCAACCUCAUCUUUGGUGUCAUCAUUGACACUUUUGCUGACCUCAGAAGUGAAAAACAAAAUUCAGAAGAGAUACUAAAAAAUUCUUGCUUCAUAUGUGGAUUAACACGCUCAAGCUUUGACAACAAGGAUGUCAACUUUGAGGAUCACAUUAAACGUGAGCACAACAUGUGGCAUUACCUCUACUUUUAUGUCCAGGUCAACGUGAAGGAUCCUACAGAAUUCACUGGACCUGAGAGUUAUGUCUACACUUUGGUGAAGGAUAAAGACUUAAAUUGGUUCCCCCGUAUGAGAGCAAUGUCAUUGAGCAUUGGAGAAACAGAAGGAGAAUUGAAUGAGGUGCGGUGCCUUAAUGCUAAACUGGACCGUACACAAGCUCUUAUUGACAGCCUGGUUUUACAGCUAUCAGAACUAAAGGAUGAGAUGACAAAACAGCAGAAGUAUCGUAACCGUCGGGGGAUCCUCAGUACUGCGAGUAACUAUAACUGCCAUCAGUACGGUCCAGCUGGUGCAGGUGUGGAGCAGCAGUACCCAUAAUUAACUUAAAAAAUAAAUAUAAAUAGGGAUUUAUUUCUUGAAAUUUGGGGAAAACUGUAAUAAACUUAUCUCUCUAUGUAAAUGUCUUCCAGGAAAUUUUGAAUAGCAAUAUUCGGUUUCUUGUUUAUUUUCAAAAAAAAUUUAUUCCAUCAUUUUGCUCUACAACCAUAAACUCAAGUUAUUAUGAAGUAUUAAGUCUCUUAAUGGUAUUUCACAUAGGAUGUAACAGUGUUUUCCCCAGGACUUGAAAUGAAGCUUUAAGAGAGUCAAUUAUGCAGAUGUGAUAAUUUCAUAUAUUCUAGCACAGUUUAAUGCACAUUUGGCAGUAUUCAUACACUAUAAGAAUAAAAUUUGUAUCCAAACAGUAAACUGCAAAAACUAAUGAUUAGGGAGGGAACUUGUAUCUGUGCAUAAUGAUUAACGUUGUUGAAUGUGCCUCUGGCUGGACUAUGAUGCAGAAUUAUGAGGCUCCAAAGGCCUGAGGAAAAUACUGAACAUGUUAAGAAGUGUAAAUGAUAGAGUGAAUAUAUGUGCAAAGUAAUUAUAUUGUUUAAUGCAGGUAAGUACACACAUUAUACAUCAUUUUUUUUGUAUUGGAGCAACCUUUGAUUCACCCUUACAGUUUAUUAUUUAUACAGUUGUUGUACCUUUGUUUCAUGAAAGUACAUACUUGUACAUUUACCUACACACCUGCAUAUACACACAGAUUCAAAUGUUUAUAGAAUGUUUUACAUGCUUGCCGUUGAAGAAAAGAUUUUAUCAUAUUAGAUGUGUACAGUUAAAAUUUCUAGUCUUCAUUUCAUUCCAUGAAAUUUUGCAGAAUACUCUCAUUGUUUAAUUAAUUGUAGUUAUGGAUGUUGUUUUCUAUGAAGGCCAAUAAUAUUUAGUGUUGUCUGAUAAUGAUUCAUAUGAACAGGUAAAAUUUUGUGAACACUGAAUGAAUAAUGUUGUAGGCCAGUUUGUUGCGGCCUACGUGUCGACACUUUUCAUGGCUUAUCAUACAAGUACCAUCACAUUUUGUUAAUGUUAUUAGUAUUUAUAGUGUAUAUUCUAUAGCUGUGGAGUUCUUUUGGAUGUUGUGUAGUAAUUUUAUUGGUAAGUUUUUGUAUCGUAGUUCUAGAAUAUAAGAAAAGUUGCAUCCACAUUAGUUUUCAUUGUGAUCAUCUUUGUUGAUUUGUCUAUAGGCUUAAAGCUCCUCAUUUGUAUUGUAGCUCACAUUAAAUCCCCUCGAACAUUCCAUUUUCUAUGCAUUCCUCUGCAUCUUGUUUCUAAAAUAUUUUUUUUAAACUAGGCUGCUUCAUUCAAUUUAUUUGUAAAUAUCUUCAAUUUUGUCAUACAAGACCUAAAAUUACUACUACUAUGUGUUUUAACCUUCAUCAAAUGAUUUUUCAAUGCAUGUAAAACACUCCUGAAAGCUAUUAUGAAUUACACAUUCCCUUGUUGUUCAUCCAAUCUAAAGUUGUGUUGUACUCUGAAUGACUUCUCUCAUUAAUCAGUGUUAGUCUGGCUCUUAUUGCUCAUUGGCUCUUUUAUCCUUCAUUGUUUACAUAGUGACUUUAUUUAAUUUAUAAAAAAAUUGUAAUGUUUUCUUAAAAAAUUAUCUAAAAAAAAUCAGUUUUUAAUUUUUAACAUUUGACAGUUUUACAUAUCUUGCAUUAUAUAAUACUUUAGUAAUUUAUUCAUGGUAAUUUGUUCCUUUGUCUUUUAGGAAGUUUCUGUUUAAAUCUGCCACCUUGAUGUCACUAUGAUGUAGACGUAUCUUCCUCAAGAGCCAUAAUUUCUAAUAUCUUAGUGGUCUUCAAGCAUUGGACGUUGAUAAAGAAAAUUGUAGAGACAAAUUAUUGAGUGCACAUGAAUAUAUUCCUUAUCUCUUUUAGAAGCAUUUUGAACUGUUUUAACAAUUAAAUUGUGUAAUUUACCUGUGUGUGUGUUAGUUACUGUGUAGAUCUAGAGAAUGUGUGUAUAUAGUAUUUAUGUUAACAUUUUCAUAAUAUAAUCUAUCUUCUCUUGAGGUACAUUGUUCUUGUUUACUGUACAAUCCAACUGUUUCACGUUACUAAAUAUUAUUUUAAAUUUCCGUUUUCCGAAUAUUGGUGUGUUCAGUCAUGAAAAGGGUACAUCAUGUUCUUGAAAUUUCUCCACUACUAAUUUUUUUAUUUACAAAUCAGAAAACCAGUUAAAGUUUACUUAUCUGCCUUAGUAGUGGAGGCAAUACAGUACAGUAUAUGUAUUCUGAUAUAACCUUCCCACGCCUGUGAUAGUUACAAGUGAUGGCUCUCUGGUUGUCAUGGCCAAAGGAUAGCAAGAUCCAGAAAGCUUCUCUUGUAGAGUAGAUUCUUAGUCCAUGAUAUUUCUACCCAUGAUUUGUUCAGUACUGAAUAUAAAACCAGUGGGUAAAAGGCCUAGCAUUGAAAAAACAAAAACAAAAAAAUGUUAAGUCUUUUAUAAAAUAUAUACGGUAUAUUAGGUAGACUCUACAAGUGAUUUGGUUAUAAAAUUAUAAGACAUGUAAGAAAAAAUGUAACCGCCUAAACCCAUGUGUAUUACGAGAUAUUCUUUUUGUUGGGUAACAGGUCAUCCAACUCUUGGUUAAAGGUUACCUAUUAAAAAGGUAUUCUAGUUAUAAGAAGGUUUAAAAUUCUCGUGUCAAAGAGAACUCGGCACAUACAGGAUGCAAAUGUUAUGAGAUAGCUCCUUCCUUGGGUUACAAAUCAAGAUAGGGGUAAAUUAUAUUAUACUCUGUCCCAGUCAUUUUAUAAUUGUUAAUUAGGUUACACAAAAUAGAAUUUUUCUUAACCCUUAAGCCCCGGGUUAGGGUGCUGGUGGCAGUUCCCCCCCACGCGGGGGUAAAUUGAGAAAAAUCAACGUUUCAAAAUUUUUUUUAACCUUUUAAAAUGAUAAAACAAUAAAGACUAAGCACGAACAACUAUAUAUUGACCCUCGAGAAACUUUCGUGACUUCGCAGAGGGAGGAGGGGGAGACAAGUAGACAGUGCUGGUUUGACAGCUGACGCUUGUGGUCCCUACGCACUUUACAGCUAUUUUUAGCUCGCCUUUGUGUCCGAGGUGGCCAAUAAUGUAUGUAUUUAUUGAUCGUAAUACUUAAUUGUUUUAAAUAAUUCAUUUAGAAUAUUUUAUUUGCAUAAUUUAUCAAAAAAGUGCUUGGCAACAAUCACCAGUUAGGCGCCAGUCUGCCUGGCUGUCUUUGUGUUUGGUAGAGCAAUUAAUGCAUAAAAUAAUAAUAAUUUCACAAAUAAAUACAUUUAUAACAUAAUCAUAGCAUUGUUUUACGGUAAUACUAAACUACAAUACAACUACACUACUUUUAGCAAUAUUACUUUCAUACAUCCUGAUAAAAUGGACAAACAAUGAAAAUGAAACAAACAAAAGUAGGUAUUUAUGUUCAGGAAGCUUCCCUGUGGCUGAGCAUUUGGUGUGAAGGACAAAUAGUCACACUGGAACCUGAUAACCCGCGCUGGGCGUUUAAACAGUGGCGGGAAUAGGCGCACGAUCUGGAACGUCACCCGGGGCGCGCUGGACAAACAUUCUGGAACGUCACCUGGGGCCUAAGGGUUAAAUGAAAGUUCAUUUGUAAAAAUUAUCACAUUUCUUGCCAAGAUAAAGCGCUGAAUCUUGUCUUUAUUCCUUGAAGAAUAAACAAGUAAUUAUAGUUUAAUUGCAUGCUUACUAUAAAAAUAUUACAGCAAAUAAUUAAACAAUGUAUUAAGUGUCAUGUCUAUGUUUUAUUAUAAAUUUUUGAAAUAUAAAGUACUACAUAUCAGUAUUUGUGUAGAUAAUCAAGUUUAUCACCACCAUAGAAAUAAUUUAGAGAAAUUUUGUGUACAAAAGUUUGUUGGCUUAUAUCACUAACAUGUUAGUAAUUUAUGAAGGCUAUGUACUCCAGUAGAUAUCUGGUUUAUGUAUCAUUUUACUUUAUUUGAUACUUACAUGAAGUACUACAGUACCUCAUGUUCAUUUAGACUUUUGUAAACUAACACAGUAUGGCGUUGUAGUGUACUCUGACCCAGAUAUGGUCGUAGACUUCUCUGUAAAGGUUCUUUAUUAACCUUGAAUGUGUUCAAACAAGUUGGCUUCAUUAAGAUACCCUCUUUAUCUUUAAUACAUUGUUUUACUUGUUGAUGUUUAUGAUAAAUUUCUUAAAGUUUAUAAGUUGAUUUUUUAAGUCAGUGUUGUGCUGUGCUAUGUGUAUUCUUUCACCAACAAUAGUUUUGCUGAGUUGGUUUCCUACUAAUGAAUAUUUGACACCCAGAAUAGGUGUUUUAGAAUUAUAACUGCAGAUAAUGGAUAAGUAGCAAUAACAUCAGUAACUGUUAGGGCAUUUAUGUUUUAAUGAUUAAUUAUCAGUUCUCAUUCUUAUAAUACUGUACUACUUUGUGUAUAGUCUUCUGUCUAACUUCAAAAAGUUAUGAAAAUAAAAUCUCAAAGCAGCAUAUUUAA